AUGACUGAGAAAAAAAUAAAAGAAAGGGUCAAAAAGCGGGAGCGGAUUAUCGCUUCUUUAAAGCGACAUGCUCAAUUUCUAGAGGAUUUUGAUCCAAAUACGCAUACAGGGGAAGUCCAAUCGAGGUUGGACAAAAUUGCGGCAAAAUUCGAAGAAUUCGAGGAGGUGCAAGAGGAUAUCGACUACAAAGGGUGGUUGUCGUUCAAAUCGACAUACGUGUCGCUGAUCCAUGAGUCAGGGGAGCUCAGUGACGUUCAAAAGUUCCAUUAUCUCAAGUCAGCGUUGAAAGGAGAAGCAGCUAAACUCAUCGAGUCACUCGCACUUACCAACGAUAACUAUCCCAUCGCAUGGGAUACGAUUACGAAGCGGUACUCUAAUGAGUAUCUGCUGAAGAAAAGGCAUCUUCAAGCGCUAAUGGAGUACCCAAAGGUAGAGAGGGGAUCGUCAUCGGCAAUUCAUACAUUGGUCGAUGAAUUCGAACAGCGGCUAAAGAUCCUGAAACAACUAGGAGAGAAGACGGAACAUUGGGGUGCAAUGAUAGUGCACUGGAUGUGUUCCAAAUUGGACAUGAAGACGCUCCAGUUAUGGGAGGAUCACGCGGCUUCAACAAAGGAUCCGUCAUUCACGAUACUGGUGAAUUUCCUAGAGAAGCGAACAAGGGUAUUGGAAGCGGUUUCAUCGAACGUCGAAUUGAAAGGUCAUUCGCUGCAGAGGGUGGAAGUUAGACGUCAGAGAGUAGUAGCUCAUUCCGCUACCGACAAUGAGAAGAAUGGUUCAGUCUGCUGUUGUUGUGGGGACUCGCACUACUUGGGUCGAUGUGGCAAGUUCAGUAGAAUGACACUGAAAGAAAAAUUGCAGUUCGUGAACGGCAAACGGUUGUGUAGCAACUGCUUAAAGUCUGGGCAUUGGGUGCGUGAUUGCAGUUCAAAAUUCAGUUGUCGAGACUGUGGAAAGAAACACAAUUCACUGAUCCAUCCAGGAUUUCCUACGAGCAGUGGUAGUAUCGGUAACAAUGUUAACCCGCUUGGCAAAUCGGAGAAUAAACGAAACGACAAUACGAUAGCAACAAAUUUAGCGACCAACGAGGAUGAGUCUGAGAAUGAGGAAGAGGGAAUUGACGAUCAAGGUACGGUUGGAGCAUACAACGUAGGGACCAAAGGUGGUAAUAUCACUAGCGUAUUUUUGUCUACCGUUGUUCUGGUCAUACGGGAUCAACACGGAGGGAAACAUUUGGCCCGAGCAUUGCUUGACAGCGGCUCGCAAGCAAACAUUUUGAGUGAAAGACUCUGUCAGACACUCGGCCUGAAGCGACGCACGAUAAACGUACCAAUUAGCGGAAUUGGUCAUUCCGAAACACGAGCAAGAUUCUUGGUGACCACAACUAUCAGUUCUAGGGUACAGGAUUUCUCAAUGGGCAUGGAAUUUCUGGUUCUUCAGAAGGUUACGUCAGAACUGCCAUCGGCACACAUACCGGUGGCACAUUGGAGGAUUCCAAAUGGAAUACAAUUGGCUGAUCCGAACUUCAAUGUCAGUAAUCGGAUCGAUAUUUUGAUUGGAGCGGAGCACUUCUAUCGGUUCCUUUUCGAGAGUGGGAUGAAACAGAUUACAUUAGGGCCAGGUUUGCCGAUGCUUAUAAACUCCGUAUUCGGUUGGAUUGUAACGGGAAAGGUUUCAGAAGCGCAGAGUAAGGUGGUUAAUUGCUGUUUAGCGACAGCAUCGGAUAAUUUGGAGAUCCAGCUACAGAAGUUUUGGGAAAUCGAGAGCAUUGAAGAUCGAGUGGCUUGGUCAAAAGAGGAGCAAGACAGCGAAGAUCAUUUUUCAAAAACAUUCAGUCGCACAAGGAACGGUCGGUACGUCGUACGUUUACCGAAGCAGGUCAAUUUUGAUCAACUUUUGGGUAACUCUCGCACUAUGGCACUAUCACGAUUCAACAGGUUAGAAAAGCAAUUGGAACGGAAUCCGGAAAUGCGUUUGCAGUACAAUGCAUUUAUGCAAGAUUAUUUGGAUCUCGGACACAUGAGAGAGAUAACUGAAGAGGAGAUCCAUGAGGAGACAGCGGCAACGAGUGCUAAAAGGGUAUAUUACCUACCGCACCAUGCGGUAUUUAAAGAUUCCAGCACUACGACAAAGGUGCGCGUCGUAUUUGAUGGUUCGGCCAGCACGGAUAGUGGUUAUUCCCUGAACGACGCCCUUCUAAAGGGUCCUAUAAUUCAGGAUGUGCUCCUCAGCCUGCUCCUUCGGUUUCGUAAAUAUGAAGUAGCACUUGUUGGUGACACGGAAAAAAUGUACCGGCAAGUGCGUGUACACAAUGAUGACACCGGAUUACAGCGCAUCUUCUUCCGGUUCUCACCGGAUGAACCUAUACGAGUUUUUGAGUUGACAACGGUAACUUAUGGGUUGACGCCCUCGUCAUUUUUAGCGAUUCGCGCUCUUCAUCAACUUGCGGCGGAUGAAGGAGCAAGAUACCCAGAAGCUGCUAAAGCUAUAAUAAGAGAUUUUUACGUGGAUGAUUAUAUUGGUGGAGCAUCCAGCGUAGAUGAAGCCAUUCAGCUUCAAAAUGACCUUGAUACACUGAUGAAAAAAGGCGGAUUCACCUUACGCAAAUGGUGUUCCAAUAAGCCAGAAGUUCUAGCUGGCAUCUCGGUCGAACAUCUUGGGACUAAUUUAUCAGUUUCAUUCGAUAUAAGUCCCGAGGAAAAGGUGAAAGCUCUGGGAAUCACCUGGGAACCUGGGACGGACCAAUUACGGUUCUACUAUUGCAUCACAGCAAGCGAGCAGGCAUGGACGAGAAGGAACAUUCUAUCGUCCAUAGCCAAGCUUUUUGACCCGUUGGGACUUAUCUCACCGGUGAUUAUUGUGGCAAAAAUGCUGAUGCAAGAGCUCGCUCUGCUCAACUCAGGAUGGGACUUGCCUGUUCCUGUCGACAUUGAAAGAAAGUGGAAGACGUUCCACUCCCAAUUGGACAAAAUUUCGGAGUUAAGGAUUAAUCGUUUCGCAUUCGUAUCCAAAUGGGUUGAUAUUCAGUUUCAUAGUUUUGCUGAUGCUUCUACCCUAGCCUACGGUACGUGUUUAUACGUACGGACGACAGAUGAAGCCGGGAACGUUAGAAUUGAAUUGUUAUCGUCCAAAUCACGUGUCGCUCCGCUGAAACGACUGACGUUACCUCGUCUUGAACUUUGCGCCGCCAAAGAGGCUGCUCUGUUGCAUUCGAAGGUAACUAAGGCUCUCUCAUUGGAAAACGUACGCACGGUAUUCUGGUCCUACAGUACAAUUGUGCUACAUUGGCUGAGAACUACACCAAACUCAUUACAAACGUUUGUGGCUAACAGAGUAUCAAUGAUUCAAACCUACACCUACUCCCAUUCUUGGCGACAUGUAGCAGGAAAAGAAAACCCGGCUGACUUGGUAUCGCGUGGAAUGACUAUCGACGAUUUUCUGCAAAGCCAGUUGUGGAAGAAUGGACCCCCAUGGUUGCGAAAUAACACAGACGUGUGGCCUAACUCAGCCGAAGACCACAACAUUUCUGAUGAACAGUUGGAACUUCGUAAGGUUGUUCACAAGGUCACAGUGGAAGAACCACCUGAUGAGCUGUUCAGAUUACGAUCUUCAUUACCUCCUCUACUACGAAUUGUUGCUUAUUGUCUUCGUUUUGCUCAUCAUUGUCGAAACCCGAACGAUAGAAAGGAUUCAAUUAUUCUGUUUCCUGAUGAACUACAAUUAGCGAAGAUGGCGCUAACCCGCAUCGCAUAA